AUGUUGACGCUGCAUACAAAAACUGAGAAUGACCGAUUCGCGGUCUAUUUGGAUCACAGAAGACUUAUUAAUGAAGCCUACAGUACUGGAGAUGGUGCGAAAAGUACAUAUCAGCUCAAGGCGGAACUGUUUCAGUUUCAAGCCAAAAGAGCUAACCAGCCGAUUAGCGAACAGAAGAAAUCUAAGAAGCGCAAGCGAAUACCGGACAACAUACCAGGCGCAUCGGAUUCACAGACCAUCGACGGGUACCUGGAUCUCUUGCCCACGCGCGUUGACUCUGAGUCAAUAACGCCUCUAUCACGGUGUUGGGAGGCUCCAUACAUCCUUCCCCAGUUGCACGGAGCCAACCAGAGCGGGCAGGUCCAACGCUUUCCAAGCGGAGACGAGGCCAACACCAUCUACCUCAUACCGGACAGGGCUCGCUUCUACAACCACAAUGUAGACCAUCUGCCGGCACUAUUGCCCCAACUCUUGCCCAGCUACGAUCUGAUUGUAGUCGAUCCUCCGUGGCGCAACAAAUACAUUCGCCGGCUGAAGCGUUUCAAGCAGGAGCUCGGUUAUUCCAUGCUAGACAACGACCAACUGGCUCUUCUGCCGCUUUCCAAGCUGACCAAUACACGUACCCUUGUGGCCAUUUGGUGCACGAACUCAAUCCAGCACCAGACGGCUUUGGAAACACAAAUUUUGCCUAGCUGGAAUCUACGCCUACUCCACAAACUGCGCUGGUACAAACUAAGCACGGACCACAAGCUUAUUGGCCCUCUUCAAUCAGACCCCACCCAGAAGCAGCCGUAUGAAAUGCUAUAUUUGGCCUGUCAUGCCGAUGGCCACGAGAAUUAUGGAACGGAUAUAACAAAAACAGAGAUGAUCCUCAGCAUUCCCAGUAUUGUACACUCUCAUAAGCCGCCCCUUUUGCCAUGGCUGCGCCAGCAUAUCAAAUUGGACCUCAAUCAAGCGGAACCCAACUGUCUAGAGCUUUUUGCACGGUAUCUGCAGCCACAGUUUACAUCCAUUGGAUUAGAGGUACUAAAGUUGAUGGAUGAGCGCCUGUACGAAGCUCGUACCGAACUAUCAAAAUCCCCAUAGGUAAAGUUUAGGUAUGGUAUGCCAAGGUAUACACUAGUUGUAUUGAGUUUUCCUAUGACCUCCGCCACUCCUCGUUCAUCUUUUAUGCUGGCCGCAGAUAAUAGACUGUAUAUAAUCUGAACAUAUGUCCCAAAGUAUGUACUUUAAAUCGUCAUGGACAGUAACUCACUAGCUUAAAUGCUGGCUUC